AUGGCGGCUGCUCUGGCUGCAGAAGAAGGCAUUGCCACUGCAGCCCCCGUUCCAGGUGCGGACGGCCAUGGCGAGCCUCCCGAAGGAGAAGGGUUGGGGACCGUGGGCGAGGAGACGGACGCACUCGAGAAAGGAGCGGAGGUCUUUGGGGACAGCGAGGAAGAUGAAGAGGACGUGUUCGAGGUGGAGAAGAUCUUGGACAUGAAGACCGAGGGGGGCAAGGUCCUUUACAAAGUCCGAUGGAAAGGAUACACUUCAGAUGAUGACACCUGGGAGCCGGAGGUUCAUCUUGAGGACUGUAAAGAAGUUCUGCUUGACUUUAGGAAGAACAUGGCUGAUAAAGCUAAGCCCGCCAAGAAGGAUGUUCAGAGAUUGUCCUUCAAUAAUGACAUAUUUGAAGCAAACUCUGAUUCUGACCAGCAAAGUGAGAGUCCAGAAGAUACUCCCUCGAGGAAGAAAAAGAAAAAAUUGAGACAGAGAGAGGAGAAAACCCCAGAUGAUCUGAGAAAGAAAAAAGCGAAGGCAGGGAGAGUAAAAGACAGGUCCAAAUCAGACCUGCAGAGCGCCUUGGAAAGGGUAGUUUUUGACUUAAGGACAAAGAAAAGAGUUUCGGAAGCCAAGGAGGAACUGAAGGAAUUUAAAAAGUCCAAAAAAGAUGAUGCAAAAGAAAUUAAGGAAGUAAAGAAUGUUAAAAAGAGUGAACUCCGAGAUUUAAAGACUAAAAUGAGAGAACAUUUCAAAGAAAACAGAAAAACAAGAAAAGACAAAAGCUCUGAAUCUCAGUUAGAAUCCGAAUCAAGUGUAUUCAACGAUUCCCUUUCUCAAGAUGAUGAAAAUGAUGAUUUGCCUUCUGACCCCCAAGAAGAGAAACCAAAAAUUAAAAGUAUAAAAGAAACGCCGGGGCAGGAUCCAUUCCCUGAUGCUUUUGACAAGCUGUCCGAUGGCAAGGAGAGCACGGAUGAGGACACGGAUGUCAGGACAAAGAGGAAAAAGAAGAAACCCAGCAAGGCUGAGGAGUGUAAAGAGGGUAAAAAGCUGGAAAAUGACCUUUUCUUAGAAAGAAAGCAUGCGCAAAAGAAGCCGAGGAACCAAGGAAAAGGCAAAAGUACCCCUGAGGUGGAGAAACCGGUCCCUCCGCCUGUCCCAAUACAAAAGAGUUUAAAGCUGGGUGGGGAAGAGGGCGGCCUCAGGCCCACGGAUUCCCCUGGAAAGGAGAAAGAGACUAAAAAGAAUGAGCCCAAAGAAAAAUAUCAGAAAAGGCAUGAUUUGGACAAGGAGGAAAAGGGCAGAAAAGAGUCAAAAGGAUUAAAAAUGAGUAAGGAAAUCAGAAGUGCAUUUGAUAUAUUUCAUUUAACACCAGAAGAAAAAAAUGAUCUUACUGAGAAUGAUUGGAAAAGAGAAGAAAUACCAGUGGACUGUAAAAUCACAGACGAUCACAAAACCAAGGAAAACAGAUUAUCUAAAGAAAAGAAAACUACAAGAGAUGAAACGGACACUUGGGCAUAUAUCGCUGCAGAAGGGGACCAGGAAGGUCAGAACAACGUAUGUCAAACAGAUGAGAAUUCUGAUGGCAAACAACACAUUCUGAGUUUGGGCAUGGACUUGCAGCUGGAGUGGAUGAAACCAGAUGAUUUUCAGAAGCAUCUAGAUGGAGAAGAUGAGAAUUUCACUUCCGUCGAUGUAGUUCCAAGUAGUGUAUUGAGGGAGGCUGUGAAAAAUGGGGACUACAUUACUGUAAAGGUUGCACUUAAUUCAAGCGAAGAAUAUAACCUGGACCAAGAGGAUCCAAGUGGGCUGACUCUAGUGAUGCAUGCUGCAGCUGGAGGACAAGAUGACCUCUUGAGACUGCUUAUCAAGAAAGGAGCCAAGGUUAAUGGGAGACAGAAGAAUGGGACGACGGCUCUGAUUCACGCAGCUGAGAAGAACUUUCUGACAACAGUGGCUAUUCUUUUGGAAGCAGGAGCUUUUGUAAAUGUCCAGCAGAGCAAUGGGGAGACUGCGCUAAUGAAGGCCUGCAAAAGAGGAAACUCGGACAUCGUGCGGCUUGUGAUCGAGUGUGGGGCGGACUGUAAUAUUCUGUCCAAGCACCAGAAUAAUGCACUGUAUUUUGCUAAGCAGAGUAACAACGUGCUGGUGUAUGAUCUGCUGAAGAAUCAUUUAGAAACACUUUCGAGAGUCGCAGAAGAGACAAUAAGAGAUUACUUUGAAGCACGGCUUCUUCUACUAGAACCGGUUUUUCCAAUAGCGUGUCAUCGUCUCUGUGAAGGUCCAGAUUUUUCAACAGAAUUCAAUUACAAGCCUCCACAGAACAUACCUGAAGGCUCUGGUAUCCUACUGUUUAUUUUCCACGCAAACUUUAUUGGUAAAGAAGUCAUUGCUCGGCUCUGUGGACCAUGUAGUGUACACGCUGUAGUUUUAAACGAUAAAUUUCAACUCCCCAUUUUUCUGGAUAGUCAUUUUAUUUAUUCAUUCAGCCCUGUUGCCGGCCUCAAUAAACUCGUCUUAAGGUUAUCAGAAGCACCGUCUGCUAAGGUAAAGUUGCUAAUAGGUGCCUACAGAGUGCAGCUGCGGUGACCAAAGGAUAGGUCUUUCCAGAGCCAAUAUUACAUUCUCCCUUCAAGCACUUGGAAUUCUUCUGGCAUCUGUAAACCUCUUGCAGUUCCACACCUGUAAUCUGCUGGAGUCUGUAAGAUGGGACAUGGUUGUCCUAGUGGAUUCUAAAGUACUUAUAGAGAUGGGUUUUCUCACCCAUAUCCUACCUUCUCAGUGUUGUAGUGUCUAGACUGUGUAUUCCAGUUUUCCACAAUGUGGAAUGCUAAAUGAACUCUACUUAGGAAAUUAAAGAAGAAAUCUUUAUUAAAUUUCAGUUUCCUACUAGCCCUGGAGAAUUUUCUGGGGGGAGGGGGAGGGGAGAACAGCAACAGAAAUGAGGCAGGAGAGGAACGUAUUGUUUUUAUUUGCUUACAUCAAGGGAAGCAUAUUACAUUCAAGAUGCCUAGCACUAGGUAAGUGGAAUUGCUGCCCUUGAAUAAUGACUGGAUAUGCGGGAGCAGAGGUCCUGCGUGGGUAUAAUAUACAGUUGCUAUGGAUUGAGAGAGGAGCCUGUUGGCAGAGUGGGUUAAUGCUAGGCUGCUGCCUCAGUCACCCAGGACUUUCUAGUCCUACCAAGAGUUAGUCUUAGAAAUCCAAGGAACAGCUCCACUCUGCCCUGCAUGGCCCUCAUGAGUCGAAGUUAACGCCAUGGCAGUGAGUGUGGGUUUCCUAGAACAAAGGUUGGAAUUGACAGUAACUGCAAAUUUGAGGGGUUCUUUGCAAAGUAGCUAGAUGAUAGGUACUCUCUGAAUCUUAAGUUGUAAACCAGGGCACUAGCCCUGAAGGAGAAAUUUACUAUAAACUUUCGUCCGUACUCUUGGGAUCCACCAAGCCGUUAUUUUGAAUAUUGGGAAAAGCCUAAAUCCCGCCUGUGCCUUAGAGCCCUGGCUGCUGCAUCAGAGCGCACCGUGUGCUUCUGUGGGUGGUCACUCCAUCAGUGGAUGGUGUGCAGGUCUGAGCUCUUAGGUCCUUCCAAGACAGAUUUUCCAACACAAAUCAAGCCAGCUUGUACAAAUAGUAACUGUCACCUGAUAUUAGACAUUUCACAGCCAAGUUUAUAUCCUAACACUGCCUUUUUUCAUUUUCUCAAUAAAAUACAACGUUGGCCUCUUUCA